CUCAGAUAACACACUGGACUGGGGCAGCAGGGCUUGACACCCAGGAAACACGCCGCAGACGCUCCACCAAAGAGGAAGACGGAACGAAAUGGCCUCAGCUGGAUCCCUUUGAAAGAUGAGAGGGCAGCGAACGAGAACUCGCACAUUGAGAGAAGUCCUCCGUGAGGCUUGAUGGACUUCAGUGAGUUGCUGCCAAGGAGGCAGCGGUCAUCCCUUAAAACCCUUUUGCAGCUUCGACUUUGCUGAAAAAGUGGCGUGGAACCCCGCAGAUAUCUUUGAAGGUUUUCAGAAGGAAGGAAUUAGUAGGAAAAUCAUUUGGUGAAGAAGUCAAACCCUUCAUUUCAUCUGAAGGAAUCAGAGAUCGAACUGGAAAAGACAAGAAAGGUAGAAGGUUUGGUUUCUGCGCUCCAUACUGACCACCCUGUUACUCAUUUGACUUGAACCCCGGGGGUGGUGAGGGUCCCUAAAGAAGCCAUGGAUGUAGCCGCAGAGAGUGUUCAGGAGGCGAUGGUAAACCAGGCUCUGGUUCAGUUCAAGGCCACAUUGCAAGCGGCCGUCAGGGAGGUGCACGUGGACGUUAAUGCUUUCAAGCAGCGCAUCGAGCAGAGGAUCGAGGAGCUGUGCAUUUCCAACGGACCCUUGGCCGGAGUGGUGACCAGGCUGCAGGAGGAGAACGUGCAGCUCAGGGCGAAGCUGGAGGCCCUCAGCCGCCUGGUGGAGGGUCUCGCCGGGGUAAAGAUGGAGAGGAGUCCCGCUGAAGUGAAGGGGAAGAACGUGGAGGAUAGCAUAAAGAACGGACAUGCAGAGGUACAGUCCAAGACCCAGGAAGACCAGAGAGGUCUGGUUAACUGUGGAAGAUCAGAGAGCAGCCAGUCAAGUCAGUCCACUUCCACAAAGCCUGAUCUGUCAGGGUCAAGUGGAGGAUCAAGCCAUGCUGCUGCUGCUCCCAUCAACACCCCAGCUCCACCUCCAUGGAGAGCGAAGAGACAUGCUGAAAUUAACGGCGCCGAUGCAAAAGUGGAGAAAAGUGUUGCCCCCGUUGCCACGACUACACAAGAGAAUGGAAACCAAGAGAGCUCGGCAGUGGACUCUGACGCAGCCCCGACUGCUGCAGCUGUCUGUCAGUCCCACCGGCCCCUCACCGCCACCAUGAGACCAGGACCAGAGUCUUCCUCACGAAGCAACGCUCUUCAGCCUGUCGUGGAGACUCCCAACAUGCCUGACCAGGAGGAAUCAGGUCUUCAUCACCCCCUCACUGCGGUGACAAAAGCCGGCUCCGAAUCUGCAGCUGCUCCUGCGUCAGCGCCCAAAGCAGCGAAAGAAACUCCGGUGAAGUCAGUGGAGCCUCCUGAUGCCGAUGAACCGCAGCCUCAUCUGCCAGUCACUGCCAUGACGACCAAACCCAGUCCAGAAGGUCUGAGUGGCACCAAAGCUGCCCAGCCUCCAGGACCGCUUCCUAAAGCCGCUGCAGCAGAAGCUCCAACAGCAGAAGGAGGAGAAUAUUCUUUCAUACGAGGUGUAUCUGCAGCGAAGGAGCCGAGGUCUCAGGUAUCCCAGGAGCAGCCAGGCUCUGUAUCUCAGGCUUUGGCUCAUCUUCCUCUCACAGCUGCGACCAAAAACUGCUCUGAGACUUCUGCUGCAUCCAGAUCUGAUCCGAGUCCUGCGCCUGCGUCUGCACCUGCACCUGCACCUGCGCCUGCACCUGCACCUGCACCUGCACCUGCACCUGCACCUGCACCUGCACCACAUGCUUCCAUGUCAGAGUCCCCGACAGUAAAGAGAGGCGAAUACCCGUUCAGGCGCGAUGCCACUCAGCCAAAGCCAUACUUGCCUCUGUCGGCCAUGACCACAUCCAGCGCGGAGUCUUCAUCACCUGCAGCUCCGGGUCUUUCAGCAUCACAGGAACCUGCAGUAAAACCUGGAGAAUAUCCCUUUAAACGGGUUCCAGUUCUCAAGACGCCGAGUCCCAGUCUGAGGAGAAGUGUGAGCUUUCCUCAGCCUGCAGAAAAACUACUUCCCUCUAAAUCAAUCAUAAAAUCUGGUUUCUCACCGAAUUUGGACAAGAAAGCGAACAAAGUCAGCGGGGUCGAGUUUAAGCAGGAUGUGAUGAAAUCACAAACGCUUCCGCGCGCCAAUGGAGCUCAGGCCAAACGUGCCCUCUUUGAGAGGAUGAACUCAGAGCCCACAAAACCAAAGGACUCCAAGCCGAAGCUGAAGCGCUCGCAGAGCUUCGGCGUGUCCAGCGCCAGCGGUAUAAAACAGAUCCUCUUGGAGUGGUGCCGCUCAAAAACCAUUGGCUAUCAGAACAUAGAUAUCCAGAACUUCUCGUCCAGCUGGAGCGACGGUUUGGCUUUCUGCGCUCUCGUCCAUUCUUUCUUCCCUCUGGAGUUCGACUACAACUCGCUGGACUCUGCAAACCGCAAACACAACCUGCAGCUGGCCUUCACCACCGCAGAGGAGCAGGCCGACUGCCUCCGUCUGAUCGAGGUGGAGGACAUGAUGGAGAUGGGGGACAAGCCGGACCCCAUGUGUGUGUUUACGUACGUCCAGUCUCUCUACAACCACCUGAAGAAGUUUGAAUAACUCUGCAUCAGAGUAGACUACAAACAAACAGCUUUCUGAUGAAUGUGCUGAUCAGUCGGAUACUGUGUGUGUGAGGAUUCAUCGCGUGCUCACACCGAUUGUUAAAAUGCAGUUUCUUAUGGCGUGGAGUGUGAUGUGUGUGGCUAUAACGUUGAACAGGAGGUUGGUUUUUGUGUCGUAAUCAGAGAUGAAAGAAUGAGCUGCCAGUUCAAGAAUAAUAAUAGUCUGUAACAGCUGCUGUUUGUCAGUCAGUGACCACAGAGUUAUGAGCCAGCACAGAGAAGCUGCAGCAUCAAUAAACUGGA